AUGAAAGCCACAUUCCUCUCCACCCUCGUUACAUUCGCACUCGCCGUCUCAGUCCAAGGCGCCAUCAACGACCCCUGCACUGCAAAAGGCCAACCAGGCAUCUGUAUCACCACUUCCGACUGCUCAGCCGGAGGCGGCACCUCUCAUGUCGGUUUCUGCCCUAGAGACCCAGCGCACGUCCGUUGCUGCACAAAGAAGUGCAACAGGGACGUCGGUACCUGCCGCUUCACCAAUACCUGCACUGUUCCGGGAAGUUAUGUUUUGACCGGCCUUUGCCCUGGACCUGCCAGCUUCCGAUGCUGCAUGCCCCCUCCCAGCUGGCUUCGCCGCGCUGAGGAGUUGGAUUAA